AUGAAAUCAGUGCUCCUUACUUUAGCCUUCAUUGGCAUCGUUGCCGCCGGUCCCGCCGGUCGCUUCAUUAAUGUUGGACCUGCUAUUGUUGAUCCCGUUGAUGUCGGACCUGUCAUCAUCGACGAAUCCCCCAUCGAUGUUGGACCUGUCAUCAUCGACGAAUCACCCAUCGAUGUUGGACCCGUGAUCAUUGAUGAAGCCCCCAUCGAUGUCGGACCCGUGAUCAUUGACGAAUCACCAAUCGAUGUUGGACCCGUGAUCAUUGAUGAAGCCCCCAUCGAUGUUGGACCCGUGAUCAUUGACGAAUCACCAAUCGAUGUUGGACCCGUGAUCAUUGAUGAAGCCCCCAUCGAUGUUGGACCCGUGAUCAUUGACGAAUCACCAAUCGAUGUUGGACCCGUGAUCAUUGAUGAAGCCCCCAUCGAUGUUGGACCUGUGAUCAUUGACGAAGCCCCCAUCGAUGUUGGACCCGUGAUCAUUGAUGAAGCCCCCAUCGAUGUUGGACCCGUGAUCAUUGACGAAGCCCCCAUCGAUGUUGGACCCGUGAUCAUUGAUGAAGCCCCCAUCGAUGUUGGACCUGUGAUCAUUGACGAAUCACCAAUCGAUGUUGGACCCGUGAUCAUUGAUGAAGCCCCCAUCGAUGUUGGACCCGUGAUCAUUGACGAAUCACCAAUCGAUGUUGGACCCGUGAUCAUUGAUGAAGCCCCCAUCGAUGUUGGACCUGUGAUCAUUGACGAAUCACCAAUCGAUGUUGGACCCGUGAUCAUUGAUGAAGCCCCCAUUGAUGUUGGACCCGUGAUCAUUGAUGAAGCCCCCAUCGAUGUUGGACCCGUGAUCAUUGAUGAAGCCCCCAUCGAUGUCGGACCUGUGAUCAUUGAUGAAGCCCCCAUCGAUGUUGGACCCGUGAUCAUUGAUGAAGCCCCCAUCGAUGUCGGACCUGUGAUCAUUGAUGAAGCCCCCAUCGAUGUUGGACCUGUGAUCAUUGAUGAAGCCCCCAUAGAUGUCGGACCUGUGAUCAUUGAUGAAGCCCCCAUCGAUGUUGGACCUGUGAUCAUUGAUGAAGCCCCCAUCGAUGUUGGACCCGUCAUCAUCGACGAAUCACCCAUCGACGUUGGACCUGUUAUCAUUGACGGACUCCCAAUUUCCGUUGGACCAGUGACUAUUGACUCCCAACUGAACCCUAUGCUAGUUAAAAUAGUCAUCAAUGUUAACUCCAAAGACCAAAUUGAAGUGUCUCCAAUUGAUGUUGGUCCAGUUAUUAUUGACCCAGUUCCAGAACCUGAACCCUCACCAAUAGUUAUUCCUGAGCCCGUAUUCCCUGAACCUCAACCUUCACCCGUCAUUCAAGAAGCUGAGGCACUUAACUAA